CUCUCCGACGGCCCACCUUCCGUAGGCCGCAGAGUGCGGGAGGAGUGAGCGGUUCCCGCAGCUCCGGGAGGAUGGCUGCUGCGGUGGUGCUAGCCGCCAGCUUGCGCGCGGCGAGCAGAGCCUUGGCGGCCUCUGGGCCCCGGGGGGUGCAGGUCCGAGGAGCUGCAGGUAUGAUAAAUGGGAAUGAAGUGGCUAAGGCCCAGCAGGCAGCUCCUGGAGGAGCAGCUCCAACCAUCUUUUCCCGGAUCCUGGACAGAAGCCUUCCAGCUGACAUUCUAUAUGAGGACCAACAGUGUCUGGUGUUCCGUGAUGUGGCCCCUCAAGCCCCUGUGCAUUUUCUGGUCAUUCCUAAGAAGCCCAUUCCUCGUAUUAGCCAGGCUGAAGAAGAAGACCAGCAGCUUCUAGGACACCUUCUCCUUGUAGCCAAGAAAACAGCAAAAGCUGAGGGCCUGGGAGAUGGAUACCGACUUGUGAUCAAUGAUGGAAAGCUGGGAGCACAAUCUGUAUAUCACCUUCACAUUCACGUACUUGGGGGCCGGCAGCUCCACUGGCCUCCAGGUUGAACCUGCCAACUGACCCAAGAAACUCAGAUCUGGAUGUUUGGAUGGGAAAAGGAACCCUGUGAUGCUAAUAAACCUAUUCUCCCUCACUUUUGCAUGCCUGUCUUUAAUAAAAAGGAUUUAUACCACAAA